CGGCGUCGCCAUGGCCCAGAUCAAAAGCAAUCGCAAGCCUUGUUGAGCUGGUACACAAAUCGCAUCCGAGUCAUCCCUGAGCUUUCGCAAUCUUCGCUCUGUCCUUGCCCCCGAAUCGAGCAACCAUGUCGCUGAUCCGCCGCAGCAACGUGUUCGACCCCUUCUCCCUCGACCUCUUCGACCCCUUCGACGGCUUCCCCUUCGGCUCCGGCAGCAGCAGCAGCGGCGGGGGCAGCCUCUUCCCCUCGUUCCCGCGCACCUCCUCUGACACCGCGGCCUUCGCCAGCGCGCGCAUCGACUGGAAGGAGACGCCCGAGGCGCACGUGUUCAAGGCGGACGUGCCCGGGCUGAAGAAGGAGGAGGUGAAGGUGGAGGUGGAGGACGGCAACGUGCUCCAGAUCAGUGGCGAGCGGAACAAGGAGCAGGAGGAGAAGACGGACACCUGGCACCGCGUGGAGCGCAGCAGCGGCAGGUUCCUGCGCCGGUUCAGGCUGCCCGAGAAUGCCAAGCCGGAGCAGAUCAAGGCGUCCAUGGAGAACGGCGUGCUCACCGUCACCGUGCCCAAGGAAGAGGCCAAGAAGGCCGAGGUCAAGUCCGUCCAGAUCUCAGGCUAGGCUGCUUUGAAGCUGUAGAGGUUCAGUUCGCUGCUGGAUGGAUGUGUUGAGUUGUUCCUGUUCCUGUAAUGAGUGGAUUUGGGUCUGUGUCGACAGUCGACUGUCGAAUGUGUUGAGUCAUCCUGUUCCUGUAAAACGAGCAUCUAGUCUAAAGUGAAGUGUUGUAAUCAUAUUCUGUGCUGGUUAAGCUUUAUAUAACGAGUGAGUUCGUCGUCCUCUUUUA